AUGAUUACUGAGAUGCCUAAUAAAACAGCUUCUAUGUUCAAGAAAAAUGUCAGGAACUGUUUCCUUCUUUACUUGAUGAGUAUGGAACAUUUGGUUGAUGGAAUGGUUAUAAAAGCUCACCCAAGCCAAGUAGACAUUGGUGAAACGGGUACUCAAAGUGUUGCCUUGUCCUCCACAAUGGAUCCAACACAUCAGGAGAAAAUUACUAAUGGUCAAUACCUUGUGGAAAAUUUCAAAGCAUACCAAAAUAACUACAUGCCAACUUCAGUCCCACAGAUUUUUCAAGAUGGCCCUGCACCAGGUCUUAGUUGUAUGAUUGAUGGGGAGCGCAAUUGUGGUUGUGGUCAUCAUUUCAGAGGAACCAGGAUAGUCUGUGAUGCACUUUGUUGGUGGUUUAGCUACUUUAGGUGGGAUGGGUUUAUGAAGUUACUGUUACAACAAUUACAAGGCUAA